AUGCGGGCCCUCCUCCAGUCCCAUGCGCUCGUAGCACCACCAGGAAUAGAAGCAACUGCUCCUAUUACUCGGCGUCGCGCCCUUGCGUGUGCCAGUGGCACUCGGCUCUCGACCCUAGUUUCAGGCCCGGCGUUAGGGUUACGGCUAGCGUUCUUACCUUCCAACAGAGCAACUCGCAGUGCUCCUUUGCCGAUUCGCGCAGAUUCUUCUCCCGGGAAUCGCGCCGCGACGCCCGCCGGCUUUUCCGCCUUUCGUUCUUCCGUGCAGCCCACGCUUGCUCCGGAAAGCUCGCAGACCACUUCUUCCGCCGCCUUUGCCUCCGUUUCUUCCGGCGCAAAUUUUGCCGCAUCCAUCGUGCCGGCUGUAGCAGCUCCUAAAAGCUUUCAAGACAUGGCGGCAGCGGCCGGCGCGCCGGUUUUCACGCCGUGGAGCUCGCUAUUCGGGGGAGUACUCAUCGGCGUGGCGUCGACGCUGCACCUGUUGCUGUCGGGGCGCAUUAUGGGCGCCUCGGGAAUAAUCAACGGCGCUAUUUCGGGCGCUUCUGAUUGGCCAUUCCGCGUCGUGUUUCUCGCGUCCAUGCUCGCCGUCGGUUGCGCGGCGCACCUCGCGCUGCCCUCCGCGUUCGGCGCGCCCACCUUCCCCGCGCCCGCGCAAGACCCCGUCGCAUCCGUUCUGCUCCCCGCAGUCGCCGGCGUGCUCGCGGGGUUUGGCUCUCAGCCACCCAAGGCAGCAGCGCCAGGGGCAGUGCCCCCCAUCCUGCUGCUCUCCUCCAUGCUCUCAGGAGCAGUCUUUGCUGUCGGCCUCACCUUCAGUGGCAUGCUCAACCCAGCCAAGGUGAAAGCCUUUCUGGACCCAAUCCACGGGUGGGACCCCAGCCUUGCGUUUGUGAUGGGGGGAGCGGUGCUCUUUAACUUAGUCGCGUUCCACCUCGUUCUCAAGCAGCGGCAUCCACUGUUGGUCCCGUCCUUCUCGCUCCCCACUCGGAAAGACAUCACUAAGGAGCUAGUCAUUGGGUCGGCAAUCUUUGGACUGGGAUGGGGGCUUGCUGGAUUUUGCCCAGCACCUGCGUUUGUUAGCGCUGUCACUGGCAAGGUAUGA